GGUGAACAAAUCAAAAGUACAGUUACUUGAGCGCAAUGAAGAGCAGAUGACACUAUGCUUGCGACUGCAUUUUUGGUAACGUGCUGUGCUGCGUUUGUAAGUUCCACGCAGCACGCUCUGGCGAAGAGGGCACUGUUGUUUCAGCCGUUCACGAUCCUGCAGUUCACCUACGGAGUAUCAGCGCCGGCCCUCUUACCGAAACGCUCAAUUAACCUCAGCCUGUGCCUGCAAACUAACUUCGAGCUGCCGAACAACAUCUCCAACUUUUACCCGACGGUCUUCACCGCGCGAGAAAAUGACGACUACGAUCUGGACCGCCACACAUUCUACGAGUACGUCACGGAGAUCUUAAACGGGUUGGGCCUGAACGGAACCGACUGCCUCCUCCGUUCCAUAUGCGAAAUCGGGGAGGUUCCGAUGCACGUCGAUCCCGACAACAGUUCCGUUCUCGAGGAGAUCGUCCAUUAUCUCUUCAGUCCGUCGGAGGAUUUCGUCCGGAUAGACAACGGCACGUUGGGGGCGUACCUGGACGCCGAAAUGUGGGGCAAAACGUUCGGGAAGUGUAAUCGGAGGUACGACGGGUGUCCGCUGUCGGUUGUUAGUCUGUUUACAAAACUGUUUUAUGUAUAAGAGAAUUAAAUAGAAUUUU